GAGAGAGAGAGAGAGCACCUCUGCUUCUCUUCCUGCCUCCUCUCCUGUGCGCAGCGCUCCGGCCCGGCCGCUCCUUCCUUCCUUCCUCAUUUCCUCCCCACAGCUGGCGCUCUCCUCUCGGAUGCUGCCUCUUGCCUUCUCCUCUCGCCCACCGCGCUGGACCAAAUACUUAGGAGGGCGGAAUGACUGACUACCUGUUUUGCAUGGUCUGAAUUUCGGGAAAUUCGCACGUCGGAAAGGAGGGGAGUCAAGAGGGAAAAAGGAGGCUCUCCAUCCCCCGAGGGAAUUUAUUUUACAGAGGUAUGCCAGUGCCUGAGGUGGCGUCUGACACUGCCAGCGCUGCCACCAUGUUGAGCCCCGUCCUCAACGCCUCCAAUGGAGACGGAUCCGAGUCUGAAACCACCUCCGCCAUCCUUGCCUCCGUCAAAGAACAGGAGUUGCAGUUUGAACGUCUGACCAGGGAGCUGGAAGCCGAACGACAGAUCGUUGCCAGUCAGCUGGAGAGAUGCAAGCUUGGCUCUGAGACUGGAAGCAUGACUAGCAUCAGCUCAGCAGAUGAGAAAUUUCGCUGGAACAACCAAGAUGGACAGAAGGACAUAGAGGAGGAGCUGACGACAGGCCUGGAGCUGGUGGACUCCUGCAUCCGAUCGCUUCAGGAAUCAGGCAUCUUGGACUCGCAGGACACUGCUACAGGAGACAGACAAGGACUUCUGUCCCAAAGUGCUUUGCAGCUCAACCACCAGGAUGCCUAUGCAGCAGCUGGUUACCAUAGUAACCAAGGGCUCGCACUUGGGGAAUCAAUCACGGGCCGCAGUGGGCAGGUUGGAGGGGCUGUUCACAGCUACAACCAGGUGACAUCCAGCCGUGCUGCUGCCCACUUAACGGGAACCGACUCUCCCUCCCAGUCCCAGAGAGACUCAUUUGCCCAGCAGGCCCAUGGCAGCGCCUUCCACAUGCCCACUGAGGGCGGAACUGCACCUGCUGGACCACCCAUGUAUUACUCUUGCGCCACUUUGCCUGCACAGCGUGUGAGCUCCCCUCUGCAGGCGGUGGGAUCCCCUACCAAGCUGCAGCGCCUGGGAUCAGCCUCCUCUGACAUGCCCAGCUACGCCACGCUACAGAGGGUGUCCUCGCCCAAACAGUCACCCAGCCGACUCGCCAAGUCCUACAGCACCUCGUCGCCCAUCAACAUGGUAGCAUCGGGUGCCGCUGGCUCCUCCUCACCCCUCCCCAUGGCAGCGUCCCCAGGAGGAAACCACACCUCGUCGCCCAUCCACCAGCUCAGCUCAGUGGUGGGCAGCUAUGCCACUCUGUCGCCCACCAAGCGUAUGCUGCAUCACAUCGGAGCAGACGGCUACAAGAUUUCUCACGAGCUGUACGCGAACGCAACCCUGCAAAGGCCUGGUAGCCUGGCAGGUAGAGGCUCCAGAGGUUCCUACAGCAGCCAGCACAGUCACCUGGGCUCUGAGCUACGACCUUUGCAGUCUCCUGAACACCACAUCGACCCCAUCUAUGAAGACAGAGUCUACACCAAACCCAACCUUAGAGGACAAGUGGUGAACCAGUUGUACCAAGAGGUCCUGAACUAUCUGCUCUAUCCCUACGCUCCUCUUCCUGCUUUAGCCCCGCCUUCCCCUGGUGUCGACCCAAUCCCCUUGCAGCGAACGGGAAGCCAGAGCGCCGCGGGCACCUUUCAGAGAGGCAGCUUCGCCACAGGAGGCGGGGCGGCUGACUACGCCAACCCGUACCGCACUCUGCAGUUCUGCCCGUCCACCGAGUCGCCUUACAGCAAGUCAGGCCCCGCCCUCCCCCCUGAGGCCGCCCUGGGCCGGUCUCCAUCAGUGGACAGUAUCCAGAAGGACCCAAGGUACGACCCUGAAUUCCUUGUGUGGAAUCAAAAUCAAGCCGAGCAAAGAAUGACAAAGGAGUUUGGCUGGAGGGAUCCAGAGCUGCCGGAAGUGAUCCAGAUGUUGCAGCAUCAGUUCCCAUCAGUCCAGUCCAACGCUGCUGCCUACCUCCAGCACCUCUGCUUUGGAGACAACAAGAUCAAAUCUGAGAUCCGGCGGCAGGGUGGCAUCCAGCUGCUGGUGGACUUGUUGGACCACCGGAUGACCGACGUGCACCGCAGCGCCUGUGGAGCCCUGAGAAACCUGGUGUACGGCAAAGCCAAUGAUGACAACAAGAUUGCCCUGAAGAACUGUGGAGGCAUACCAGCUCUGGUGCGACUGCUCCGGAAGACCACAGAUGUGGAGAUCCGAGAGCUGCUCACAGGUGUUUUGUGGAACCUGUCGUCAUGUGACGCACUGAAGAUGCCCAUCAUCCAGGAUGCCCUUGCCGUGCUGACCAACGCUGUGAUCAUACCCCACUCAGGCUGGGACACCUCCCCGCAUACACAGGAGGACCGCAAGCUGCACCUACAUUCCUCCCAGGUCCUCCGCAAUGCCACAGGCUGCCUCCGGAAUGUGAGUUCUGCAGGUGAGGAGGCUCGGAGGAGGAUGAGGGAGUGUGAGGGCCUGACAGACGCUCUGCUCUACGUCAUCCAGACUGCUCUGGGGAGCAGUGAGAUCGACAGCAAGACUGUAGAGAACUGUGUGUGCAUCCUGAGGAACUUGUCAUACCGUCUGGCUGCAGAGACAUCUCACAGCCAGCAGGGGGGGUCGGAGGAGCUGGACGGUCUGUUAUGUGACACCGGCGGGAAGGAUGCAGAGAGUUCUGGAUGCUGGGGCAAGAAGAAGAAGAAAAAGAAGGGACACGACCAGUGGGAUGGCGUCGGCCCAUUUCCAGACUUGGCGGAGCCCCCGAAAGGCAUCCAGAUGUUAUGGCACCCCACCAUCGUCAAGCCCUACCUCACACUGCUGUCUGAGUGCUCCAACCCAGACACCCUGGAGGGAGCAGCUGGGGCUCUACAGAACCUAGCUGCUGGCAGCUGGAAGUGGUCGGUGUAUAUCCGGGCUGCAGUGCGUAAGGAGAAGGGCCUCCCUAUCCUGGUGGAGUUACUGAGGAUAGACAACGACCGAGUGGUUUGUGCCGUGGCCACCGCACUGAGAAACAUGGCUCUGGACAUCAGGAACAAGGAGCUCAUUGGUAAAUACGCCAUGAGGGACCUGGUGCACCGUUUGCCUGGAGGCAGCAACAACAACAACAGCAGUGGCGGGGGAGGAGGCGGAGGAAGCACCAACAGCAGCGUCCUGGUGGGGAAGACCAUGUCGGAUGACACCAUCACGGCUAUCUGCUGCGCGCUGCAUGAGGUCAUCACCAAGAACAUGGAGAACACCAAGGCCCUGAGGGACGCCGGCGGCAUCGAGAAGCUCAUCGGCAUUGCCCGCAGCAAAGGAGACAAAAUUCCCAGACAUAGUCCUAAAGUGGUGAAAGCAGCAUCUCAAGUCCUGAACAGCAUGUGGCAAUACAGAGACCUCCGCAGCCUCUACAAAAAGGAUGGUUAUUCCCAGUACCAUUUUGUCGGCUCUUCCUCCACGAUAGAGAGGGACAGACAGCGACCUUAUUCUUCCUCUCGUACUCCGUCCAUCUCUCCCGUACGGACCUCACCCAACAAUCGAUCAGCAAGCGCCCCUGCUUCCCCCAGGGAGAUGAUGGCGUUGAAGGAGAGGAAGGCAGACUACGAGUCGACUGGCAAUGCCAGUUACCAUGGCAACAAGGGCGAACACACAUCCCGGAAGGACGCCAUGAUGGGUCAGCUCUCCAGUGGCUCUUCAACGCUGCACAGAGGAGCAUAUGUGUCGCCUACUGAUGACCUGAAGUAUAAUCAGAUCUCUUCUCAAGGCCUGCCUUCAGAGCCCUACCCUCCUUUCCAAAACCCUCCCCCGCCCGACAGCGUCAACUACGAGGACCAGGCCUUCUAUGAGAACCAGGUUCAUGCGGGAGGGCGCCCCCCACAGGGUGACCUCAACAUGCACCUGCAGGGCCUCAAGUCCACCGGCAACUAUGUAGACUUCUACUCAGCCUCGCGGCCCUACAGCGAGCUCAACUAUGAGACCAGCCACUAUCCAGCCUCACCAGACUCCUGGGUCUAAGGGGAGAUGAGGCUGGUGGAUUAGGAAGAGGAGGAGGAGGAGGAAAGGAAGGAUGGUGAAGGGGUUAGUUUAACAAGUGGAGGAAAGAAGAUGAGAGGACAGUUUCCCUCCCUCCCCAUCCUCCCCUGUAGUUCCUGAGUAGCAUCAUAGAUAGCAGGACGACAGAUGGGGGAGGAUGGAGUGUAGGAAAAGAGACAUGAGGAGAAAACCUAAGACAUUACACUCCUUUCUGAGACAUCUGAGGGGGGGGGGG